AUGCCUGAAAAAUCGUCAUUAGUUGCAUUUCUUUUAACAUUAAUUGGUACAGGUAUCUGUUGUGGCUGUCUUUAUUAUCCACUUCAAGCAACAAUUGAACGAGUUAAUAAUGUAUUUGAAACUGAAUAUAUUGAUUAUGAUUGGAUUCGAAUUUUACGUUUAGCUAUUGUUUUUGUUUUGGCUAUAAUAGGAAGUUUUUCAUUGAUAUUAUUUAUUGUUGGAUCAUUAGCUACAAGUGCUACACGUCAUCAAAUUUAUACAGGAUUUCGUUCUCGUCUUGGAGGUCGUAUUGCAACUGGUUUUUUUUCUGUUAUUGUUUAUAUCUUAUUAUUAUUACUUAUUUGGUUAUUUACUAUGUUAACAUUACCCUAG